UCUCUCGAGUUUGUAACGCGUAUUAUCCGCGAGCCGAAGCGACGAUGCGGCGCGUAUGAAUGUCAACGAUCGGCGCGAGGAAAAUCGCCAAGAAGAUGGAGGCAUCGUCGGACGUCGCCGCCGCUGCCGCAGCGUCCAGUCGGUUUUUAUGGACUCUAGUUCUGGUUCUGAUCAAUUUCACGAAUGUCAACGUUUUUUCUACGGCUCAAAGCUCGACCGGUCGACUGCUGUUCGAAGAAAACUUUGACGGCGAGAGUCUAAAUAAAUCUGUAUGGAAGAGAGAAAUCAAAAUACCAUUAGAGCCGGAUUACGAAUUUUGCGUGUUUCACAAACACGAUGAAAACCUCGAGCUGAAGAGAGGAGUUUUGCGAAUAACGCCAAGGUUAUUCGAGGACAUCUACGGCGAGGAUUCCAUCUACAUCGGACAGUUGAGACUUGCCGACUGCACGAGCACGAGUCCUCGAGAAUGCAGUCAGCAGGCCUCGUCGUAUCACGUUCUGCCACCUGUUAUUUCAGCUAAAAUCACAACGAAAGACCAAUUCGAAUUUCGAUAUGGUGUCGUUGAGGUACGAGCCAAAUUUCCAGAAGGAGAUUGGCUUUAUCCAGAAAUGUGGCUGGAGCCCGUGUACAAGAGUUACGAGAGCGGCUCGGCCAAUGCUCGGAUCGAUUUGGGCCGCAGCCGGGGCAACGCCCUGCUGACGAAAAUCGGCGACACCUACAAGGAUUACGGCGCGCGGAUGGUGGAGUUCGGCGUGGCCAACGGCACCGGCAACGAGUUUCACGAGGAGAACGUGAACAAGUUGCGCCGAAACGGCGGCGCUUGGAACAAAGAGUUUCACAUUUACAAGACCACUUGGUCGCCGAAGGGCUUCAGCUUUCACGUGGACGGCCAAUUGGUCGGCAAAUUGCUGCCCAGCGAGAAUUCCGGAUGGACCACUUAUACCGAGGAGGCGCUCGACAAGCUCACGACUCCGUUCGAUGAAAAGUUUUAUCUGUCAAUCGGAUUGGGAGUCGGAGGUGUUCGCGCGUUUCCUGAUGGCACUCAGACGCGAUCUUACGUAAAGCCGUGGAGAAACAUCAAUGCAAAGGCAAUGCUGUUCUUUUGGCAAGCCAAAACGUCGUGGUUCCCGAGCUGGCAGCCCAACCAAGGAGCACAGACUGCAUUAGAGAUAGACUACGUACGAGUUUAUUCGCUCGAUUAGAGAAUAAGCAUCUAUCAGCCAUGUCCAUUGACUCUUGACAAUAGAAUCAUGAUUGCCGGUAUCGACUAUCGAUGGCGUACGAAAUUAUAAUAUUCCUUUUUUAUGAUUCAAAAACAAUAAAUGAGACUUUAAGAGUA